AUGGCGACUCCCAAGCUCCAUGUAUUCAUGCAUGAAGGGCGAAUUUUUACAUCCUUAAAUGCAUCCUCGCUUCCUGACACAAUCCCUCCUAUCCCUCGACCCUGGAAUCCCAUACUUGAAUCCGAUUCUUCGUCUGACAACAUCAAAGACACAUUGACCACUCAGUGGGCUUAUGAGACACGCCCAUGGUUUCCAUUUAUCGCGGCAAGCCCUAAUUUUGGUGGAGCUGUCUUUGCAUGCCUCAAUCAUUCGCUCUACUCUUUGCCCAUAGAGUCUACACCCGACGGCCACUAUAUCUUGUGUGGAGACAUUCGGCAAGAAUGGGAGAUGAACAUGCAUUUCCCUUGGUACGGCCAAGCCCCAAGACCUCCCAAAGACUACAGGUACCUGAGGUCCCAUGCCGAUGCGAGGCUUGCAAAGAAGGUCGCUCUGAGAUCUCGCAAUGCAUUCUUAGGGAUCUCAGCUCUCUGCACGUACUUUAUUAUGACUCGCCGGUAUCGACCCCAUAACGAAUCCCCCUCUUGGACUUCUCUUUUAAUAAACGACCCUCGAUGUCCUAUCCUAUCUGCAUGGGUGAUGGAACUUUCUCACACAUUUGUCGGGGAUCUUACAGAUACCGUACCACACAAUGGUAUGAUCAUUAAUAGUGCUUAUAGUCUGGCCUGGGACACGGACAUAAUCAUGUUUGAACACUAUAAAGUUCCGAUCUGGGUGCAUUGGCCUCCUGACGUUUCCAGCAACAAGGUGUGGAAGCGCUACCACCCCUCGGCAGACGAUCUCGCUGGAGCGACUUGCGCUACUUCGAGCGAAUUGCAGAACAACGACGUGUGGGGCAUUCAGCCCGAUUCUCAUUCUUGGCUCACCCAGUCAAAUUAUAUGUGUGACCCCGAGUCGAGCCAGCCAGCACCAUUGUCCACUCAACCUCAACAAGACCUCUCUCAUUUUCCCCUUCCCCAUAAAAAUAGUGGGCAGAGGCAUGGCAAAGAUUGGCAGGUGUUUUUUGUGCACAAAGCCUUGCAGAACGCGAAGAAGGAGGAGAUGGAGACCCUGUCUCAAUGA